AUGGAAACUGCAACAUUAGUCGCUAUAUUUAUAUCGUGUUCACUCGUAAGUUUUACUGGCUAUGCUCUUUAUACAGCUUUUGGGCAACCCUCUAAAGAACUUAGAGAUCCUUUUGAAGAGCAUGAAGAUUAA